GACCAGCACGGCGCCAGCAAGUCCUCGUGCGCUCCUUGCGAGCUGGCUGGUGUGGGGAACAUUGACUGCCCGGCGAUGGGCGGAAAAGGUCCAGAGGAGAACUCGACAGUCGCAGCUUGCGCCAGUCAAUGCGAGGCGCCUCGGCCCGAUGCCGGCGUGACGCUGCCUCCCGCCGUGACCAACCCCGGCCUGAGCCGCGUGGCGUCCAACGCUGAGGAGAUGGUCUCAGCGCCCGUCUCGCCGCCUCUGCCUCCGGCAGAGGGCGAGACGGCCUUGGCCACCCGCGCUCAGGUUGCCAACCGCAUGACAACGACCACGCCUUUUGGAAAGGCGCCCGAGUACCUGCCCAUGGUCGUGUACCGCAGCCCUGAGGAUGCCGCCGCUGCACAGCUGCCCCAAACGGCAGGCUCAGCAGCGCUGCCGUGGCCCGUGGAGCUCCCUGCGUUGCUGCAGGAGGGGGGGCGACUCCACCGAUGA